CUCUUCCCUUCUGCCCUCUGCCCCUUCUGUCCCUCUGCCACUUCUCCCACCUCUCCUGCUGCAAUGACUCAGACCGACGACCAAGCCGUGCCCAUUCUGCGCAACACCCAGAAGCACGAUGUCCCUGAAAACUGGCCGCUCUCGCUCCUCGACGCCGACCAACUCCCCAAAUUCGACGCCUUCAAGGCAAAGGCCAGGGCCCUUCUCGGCUCUCCCGAAACCAACGACCGCCACGAGCUCGAGUCCAAGUGGAUGUCGGAUCUGAUCAUCGUCAAGUACAUGCGGGCCACCAAGUACAACCUUGAUUACUCCCUGACCCGCUUGGAAGCCACCCUUCUGUGGAGACGUGAAAGCAAGCCCGAGUCCAUGGAUCCGAGCGAUGUUGCCGGCGCUGCUGCGUGUGGACGCUCCUACUUCUGCGGAUUCGAUCUCAACGGCCGCCCACUCCUGUUCCUGGUUCCCCGCAACAGCGAUGGCUCCAAGAACUACGACGAGCAGCUCAAAUUUGUCAUCUACAAUCUCGAGAAGGCCACCCGCAUGUUUGAACACGGCGUUUCCCAGGUCGACAUCAUCAUCGACUAUGCCAACAUGAGCAUGUCCAACUCGGUUCCGCUCAGCGUCUCGCGACAGUUCCUGCAGAUCCUUGGCGACCACUACCCCGAGACUCUGGGUCUGGGUUUCUUUGUCCAAGCCAGCUGGUAUCUCUCAGUCUUUUGGAACUUGAUCAGUCCGUUUAUCGACCCCGUCACCAAGGCCAAGAUCCAUUUUGUGGAAGAAAAAGUCAAAGACGACAAGUCGUCGACAACGCUCACCCGCUACAUCGCCCCAGAGCAGCUGAUGGUCGAGUACGGCGGCACCUGCCCAUACCAGUUUGUGUUCGACACUUACUGGAAGCACUUUUCGCUUGUUUAACGGAAGAAGCGGGAUGUCCCGUCGUUAGAGAUUUCUUUGGAUGCGAAUACACACCUAUCCAUCCUCUACAACGACACUGCGCCGCAUCAUUAUUUCCGCACUGCUGUGUUGUGCCGAGUCGCAGCCCUUGAAUGUGUCCAAGGGUCUGGCACCGAGCCCCGAAGUGAUCAGCACCCAUGGCGUCUUUGGACACCUCUCUCC